AUGCGGUCCAACAUUAUUCUUUCCUUAGCGGUUGGCAGCCUUCCCUUGGCCGGAUCCAACCCGUUGCCCGAAGCAGCAAGCAAGCCCGGCACAUCCAACAACACAGUCCAAGGCUGUCUCAAUGCCGCCAAAGCACCGGUUUCCGUGCCCUCAUCCUCAGAUUGGUCCGACGACAUUCGGCCCUACAACUCUCGCUUGCAGUAUACUCCGGCCGUCGUCGUAACGGCUACCGACGUCAGCCACGUGCAGGCGGCCGUGAAGUGCGGAGCGCAGUAUAAUCUCAGGGUCACGGCGCGGGGUGGUGGCCACAGCUACUCCUCCGCAGGGCUCGGUGGUGAAAACGGCCACGUUGUUGUGUGGAUGGACGAGAUGUACGAGGUCACGUUGAACUCCGAUAACACUGCAACUGUUCAGGCGGGCGCGAGGCUCGGCCAUAUCGCGACGGAGCUGUUUGAUCAAGGGGGCCGGGCCAUCUCUCAUGGCUCAUGUCCUGGUGUUGGAAUGGGACAUGUCUUGCAUGGAGGCUUCGGCUUCUCAUCUUCAAUGUGGGGCCUUGCGGAGGACUGGAUCAUCGAGGCAACCGUAGUCACGGCCGACGGGAAGAUCGUCAAGGCAUCGCAGACCCAGAACACGGAUCUCUUCUGGGCCCUCCGUGGUGCAGGAUCUUCCUUUGGUAUCGUCACCGAGUUCAAGUUCAACACCUUUGAAGCUCCCUCCGUCGUCACAUGGUUCAAGGUCCCAUUCGCCUUGAAAAAGGAUAAGCUGGCUUCGGCUCUGGUGGCUCUCCAAAAGUAUGCCCAGAACGAUAAGCCUCUCGAGUUGAACAUGCGGGCCGUCCUCACCCACGACAUCACCUCGUUCGACGGUCUCUACUUUGGGACCGCAGACCAGACACGCACCGUGCUCAAGAAGUUCCUGUCCCCGCUGGUUAUCGACAUUGGUGGCGCCAACAUCACCCAGACUGACUGGAUCGGUCAGCUGGAGCACUUCGCUGGCGGGACUCUGGACCAGACUGGACCGCAGAGUCUAACGGAUACGUUUUACGCGUCAAGUCUCAUAACGAAGACGGUCUCGAAUGUGGGCUUCUCUGCCUUUGUCGACUACUACCAAAACACGGCAAAGUCGACAAACACUGACUGGUUCGUCUUGAUUGAUGUCCACGGCGGCAAGACCAAAACAGCUCAGGUCGCGAACUCGGCGACAGCAUACGCGCAUCGCGAUAAGGUAUUCAUGUGGCAGUUCUACGACUCCUCUGGCUUUUCCACGUACCCUAAGUCCGGGUACAAGUUCCUCGGUAACUGGAUGUUGUCCGUCACGGACACGAUGGCGAAGAGUGACUGGGGUCGGUACGUCAAUUAUGCCGACUCUCAGCUCAGCAAUGCAGAUGCGCAGGAUCAGUACUACCGGGAUAAUCUGGGGCGUUUGAAAACCAUCAAGGCUAAAUUGGACCCCAAGGGCUUGUUCACCUACCCGCAGGGUGUGGGCUCAUAA